UUAUUUAAAUUACAUGUUAUUGUUAACUUAUUUUGUCUUUGUGUGUUGAUUAAUAAAAAUUUCAAGUAUUUUCUCUAGACAAUUGACAAGUGAUUGAUUUAUUUCAAGUCAUUUAAAUUGCCGGUUAUAAAUAUAAAAAUACAUCAAUAAAUAUAUUAUUAUUAAAUUCACAUUAAAUUCAGGUGAUUUUUGUUUGAUUUUGUUUUUUUGUUUUUUUUUUUAUUUUAUUUUUUUCAAUAAAUUUUGAUAAAUAAAAUUAAAAUCUAAAAAUGGCUGGUGCAAUGUUGUUUGAGCGUGCUCAAGCAGCCUGUAUGACAAAUCGCAGUGAGGGAAUAUCAUUGUUGAAUGAAAUUGUCUCAAAUCCAAGUAUUGGCCUUGAUGAAGAUGAUGAAGAAAGUGUUCGUAUUAAAGAACAAGGCAUACUUCAACUUGGUGAAUUGUACAAAAAAGAAAACAAAGCAAAAGAACUUGCUGAUCUUAUAAAAGCAACAAGACCAUUUUUGUCAUUAAUAUCAAAAGCUAAAGCAGCUAAAUUGGUUCGUUCACUAGUUGAUUUCUUCCUUGAUCUUGAAGCUGGUAUUGGAAUCGAGGUACAACUUUGUAAAGAAUGCAUAGAAUGGGCAAAAGAAGAACGUCGUACAUUUUUACGACAAUCACUGGAGACUAGACUUAUUGCUCUUUAUUUUGAUACUGGUAUGUUCAGUGAGGCAUUGCAACUUGGAUCAGCAUUACUCAAGGAAUUGAAAAAACUUGAUGAUAAACAACUACUUGUUGAGGUACAAUUAUUGGAAUCAAAAACUUAUCAUGCAUUGAGUAAUUUAGCUAAAGCAAGAGCAGCAUUAACAAGUGCUAGAACAACAGCAAAUGCUAUUUAUUGUCCACCUAAAAUGCAAGCUGCAUUGGAUUUACAAUCUGGUAUACUUCAUGCUGCUGAUGAAAGAGAUUUCAAGACUGCUUACUCUUAUUUUUAUGAAGCAUUUGAAGGUUAUGACAGUGUUGAUAGUCCAAAAGCAUUGACUGCAUUAAAAUACAUGUUAUUGUCAAAAAUUAUGUUACGCUCACCAGAUGAUGUACAAUCAAUAAUGUCUGGUAAAUUGGCUGUUAAAUAUGCUGGACGUGAUCUUGAUGCAAUGAAAGCUGUUGCUGAAGCAAGUCAUAAACGUUCACUUGCUGAUUUUCAAGCAGGUGUUAAAAAUUAUCGUCAAGAACUUGAAGAUGAUGUUAUUGUUAGAGCUCAUCUUGGAUCACUUUAUGAUACAAUGCUUGAACAAAAUCUUUGUCGAUUGGUAGAACCAUAUUCUCGUGUUCAGGUUGCUCAUAUAGCUACAUCAAUAGCAUUACCAUUGGCUCAAGUAGAAAAAAAAUUAUCUCAAAUGAUACUUGAUAAAAAAUUACUUGGAGUACUUGAUCAAGGUGAGGGAGUUUUAAUUGUCUUUGAGGAUACACCAAGAGACAAAACUUAUGAAAUUGCAUUGGAUACAAUACAUAGUAUGGGAAAAGUUGUUGAUACCCUAUAUCAGAAAGCCAAGAAACUCACAUAGCUUUUUUUACUAUUUAUAUAAAAAACACUAAACAACAUCAAUUAUACUUGCUAAUUAUUAACAAUCAUACAACUCAAAAAAUUAAUAAAACAACAACAACAGAUUAAUAAUAUGCUAAAUAUAUAUAUAUUUUUUUUUUUUUCUGACUUUUGUAAGCCAGUAAAG